AUGUCUGUUAUGAAAUUAUUGUCGUCUGUGGACGAUCCUAUUUCACGGAAGGUGUGUGGCAGCAACAAGGAGCGUGUGCAGGAAAGGUUGGCGGAUCGGAUUACAGACCAGGCUGAUCAAAGAGCUCCUAAUCAGCUAUCUGACAGUCAGUUGCAGAAGCAGCGUAAGGCGGCGGCGCAAGCUGAGUAUGAGCGGAAGCGUCAAUACCACAAGCAGCAAGACUUCUGGAAUGAGCGACGUUGCGAAGAGGUCAGGCGUUAUGAUCGCGAGGUCAGGGAGAGGCGUGACCGAGAGGAUCGUAGAGAUCGUGAUAUUUGGGACAGGGACGACAAGUCUUCUCGUCGCUCUCGUCCGCCAGUGAGAGGUCGGCAUCAGGACCAUUUGGAGGUGAGCAAGUCAGACAAACGUGAUGACAGAGCUGAGCCACGUUUAGGGGGUAAAUCGAGAUUGACGUAUUUCACGGGAUGCUUCAACUGUGACAAAGAAGGCCACCAAGCCAAAGACUGCCCGGAGAAGAAGAAAGCAGUGCAAGCCACCAAGACCCGAGGUAUGGGGAUGAUCAGACACCUUGACCAGGUACAACUGGAUAUUGAAAUAGACACGGUGGACGGAUACUUACGCACCGGAGAGCAGACAUGGUUGGUGGCCGCUGGUUUGCCAUAUGACGUGCAUUUCCUGAUGGGCUUUGACACGCAAGCCAGCCUCAUGUGGGCGUCGACAUAUGAUAUGGAUGAACAAUUGCAUAUUAUACCCAAUAUGGAUCCGUGUCAACGGUGUGCUCGCGGCAUCCACUGCAGGCAUAGUGAUGCUCCGCAAACGCCAGAUGCGCAGCGCAAGUCUAAACGAUGGGCCAGGGGAGGGUCGAAACAGCGUAUGAAGAGGCAGAAGCAACAGCUGAUAGGAAGGCGUGAUUUGACAGGAUUGCAGCCGCCCCUGACGUGGUGCGGGUCUGCAAUCCCAAGCCGCCCUGGUCUGCGGCACAAGUUGCUACCUACGGAGAUUCCCUUCUCACACGAAGAGGGCGUUCCAGCUUGAGGUACGGC